GCGCAUGCGCCAAUCAGCUGACUAUUGUUUACAUACACAAACUUUCGUUGGACGUGUGAAGGUUUUAUCAUUCCAUUUUGUGCUGAGAGCAGAGACCAUGGGAUGUGAUGGAGGAACAAUCCCUCGAAGAGACGAGUUAGUCAAGACCAAGAAGAAGCCAGAACAGAAAGACAAAGACUCAGAACGUCUCUACAGAUGGCGCCACUGUGCUGCUUCCCAGACACGUCUGAAGGCCCCAAUUGUGGCAUGUGAAAUGGGUCGUCUGUACAACAAAGAAGAGGUCCUGACCAGGCUCUUAGACAGGUCAACAAAUGCCAGCAUGUCACACAUUAAGGGCUUGAAGGAUAUCAAGGAGUUGAAUCUGACACCAAACCCUGGCUUCAAGAAGGAAGGUGCAAACAAGGGUGAUGCUUACACAGACCACCAGGCCGCAGAGAACAUCUGCCCAGUCACUUCCCUCGAGAUGAAUGGCAAGUACCGCUUCUCCUUCAUCUGGAGUUGUGGCUGUGUGCUUUCUGAGAGGGCGCUCAAGGAGGUCAAGUCUGAGGUUUGUCACAAGUGUGGCAAGCCAUACAGCGAGGAGGAUGUGGUGCCACUCAACCCUUCGGAGGAAGAGCAAGACGCGGUCAAGGCUUGCAUGCUGUCCCGUCGUGUGGCUGCCAAGGCUGCCAAGAAGGCGAAGAAGGAGGCCAAGAGGUCAGCAGAAGGCGAGGAGGAAGAGGCAGCAAGCACCAGCAAGGGGAAGAAAGCUGCAAAGAUCUCUGAAGAUGCAGGAGUGGGUACUUCUAAAUCUAGUGUCCGGGUAAAUGGUAUGGCUUCAUCUGUCCUGAGAGACAAGGAUUUCGAGAAGGUGCGGUCCAAUGGCUUCAGUGUAGCAUCAGACCCAAAGGCUUCAGAAGUUUACAAAUCACUCUUCGACACUCACAAGACAGCCCAAAAGAAGCAAAGUGCACAUUGGGUUACAUGCAAUCCCCAGUACUUUUAAGCUGUUAAGAGUAUUUAUUCAUGCAAUAUCAAGCAGUGUACAAAAUCUCUCUGUAUUUUUUCUAUGUGUAGGAAUUAAGUGUCACUUGCUGUAGGCAUUGCUUAGAUUUUCAAAGUAUUGUUGAAGGUAUUCUGGAGGUAAAAGUUUAUAUUCAACAGUAUAUAAUAUUUCUUUUUACAAGAUCUUUAUCAUAUAAAACUUGUUUUUGUCAGCAAAUGUUUCCAAUAUUUUUUGGAGUCAGUGGAUAUACUUUGGUAUUUUUAUUAUUUCUUUGGGCCUACAACUUUAUAUUUUGAUAUUUACUCCAAUACCAUUUGUGAAAUGCUGUGAAAAUGUCUUACUGAAAUAAAUAUAUAUCCUUG